UUAACCUGGAGUCCGGGCCGCCGCCGCCAGCGCCCCGGAGCGCAGAGCUGGGCGCGCCCAUCUCGCCCGCGGUCGGGGCGCUCGGAGGGCUGCCGCGGGGGAACCUCACCCGGAGAAGGGGCGAGGGGCGGCAGCGCACGGGUCCCUGCCACGCGGAAGGCUCCGGCACUGGCCGGCGGGCCGAGCCUGCCAUGGGGGAGGCGCCCAGCCCCGCGCCCGCGCCCGCGCCCGCGCCCGCCCUUUGGGACUGGGGCUACUUGGACCGCUGCUUCGCCCGCCACCGCGUCUGCAUCUCCUUCAGCCUCUGGCUCUGCGCCUCCUCCUGCUGGAUCGCCGCCCACACACUGCUCCUCUAUCUGAGAUGUGCAAAGAAAUGCAGACAGGACCAGUCAGCGCUGUGUGCUGCCUGCUGCCUCCUGGCCAGCCUGUGCGACACGGUCGGGGCGAUUCUGGCCAGACAGCUCACGAUCCAGGUUUUCACUGGUGCCUACCUAGCAGCUGUUGACCUGAUGAACUUUGUGUUCAUUCUCUUCCCAGUCUGCGGCUCCAAGUUCAAGUCUAAUUCGGGUCACGGCUCCCAGGAGAGGAAGGGGAGGCGGCGGCUCAGGGCCAGUGUAUUUGCCUUGACUCUGCCCCUGAGCCUGGGCCCCUGCUGGGCUCUCUGGGCUGCUGUCCCGAAGGCUUCAGGCCUUGUCCCAGGGCCACAGCGGAGGCUGCUGGGAAGCCUGCUGCAGGACAACACUGAAAUGUUUGGCUACCUGCUGGGUGGCUUCGCUGCCUGUGGCUCCUGGGCUUCCCGGAUCGCCCCACUCUCCAGAAUCUGCCGGGGUAAGACGUUUCCCUCCAUCCACCUGUGGACCCGGCUCCUGUCGGCCCUGGCUGGCCUCCUCUACGCCUCAGCCAUUGUGGCCCAUGACCGGAGGCCCGAGUACCUGCUGCGGGCCACACCCUGGUUCCUGACCUCCCUGGGCCGUGCCGCGCUGGACCUCGCCAUCAUUUUCCUUUCCUGGGUGAUGAAAAGCAAGAUGAGGCGGGCCUUGGGAUUUGCCUCUGAAGCCAGAGAGAGCCCCGACACCCAAGCCCUUCUGACCUGCGCAGAGAAAGAGGAAGACAACGAGGAGGCGAGGAAUCACGGGCUGGAAAACCGCUGGUCCCACCAGUGUUUGCAUGUGGAGGGGACAGAGAAUUCAGAUUGGGUGCCUCUCACUACACUGCCGCACUGCAAGCCGCUCAGGACAAUGACAGCCAUCAGUCACUACAUGGAGCUGACCAUCGAGCCGGUGCAACAGGCAGGCUGCAGCGCCACCAGGCUGCCGGGCGACGGACAGAUGAACAUGGGAGACGUGCCCCUGCAGGAGCCCCCCUCGUACCCUCCGAUUCGGGUCAUCCGCGCCCGCGUGUCUUCCAGCAGCUCCUCCGAGGUCCCCUCCAUCAACUCCGACCUUGAGCACAAGUGUUGGGAGGCCCUAAGCUGGAAGCAGCGCGACCCCGAAGAUAUAAACCUUGAAGGGAAUAAAGACAACGUGAAGAUGCUUAGAUCCCAGAUGCAAAGGUGUCCUAUGAGGCCAGUGGACUUGACUUCUGAUGAGUAAUACUUUUUGGAGCCACAUCAACAGCUCAGACCCCAAAGUCAGCUGUCAGGAACUGAGCAGAGAUCAACUAGCAAUGACACCCAUGGCAGGAGUUGAAGCUUCUGCUGGGUCUGCCCAAGAAAGCGUGGAACCAGGAGCUGCCACUGCCCUUGGCUGGUCUCUGUCAUGGCUUGGAAUGGAGCUCAGACUUUGGGUCCUUAUGCACAGACUUGACAUGCCCAGAGUUUGUUCUGAAAAUUUGAAGUUCACAGAGCACUCUUUGUGAAAUAUAAAUCUUCAUCCUCU